AUGAGGCAAUUGUGUCAACACGGUGCAAUUGCGGCCUCAUCUCCAGCGGCUCAAAAUCAUGUGGCCGUUCCCGGCCCAGGCAGCUACAGCUUCAGCACCCACACCGAGGAGAUCAUAAAGCCUCUCAACAGCCGAGUCCUUCUGUCCAGACGGCCACGAUUUCUGAAGGAAGGAAAGCUUUUCAAUCCUGGUCUUGAAAACAGCGUGCCGGGACCUGGAUCAUAUGACGCAAACAAGGCAUACAGCAUGGGGAUGUGCAAGCUCAGUAAAGAGAAAGAUCCGCCCAAGUGGACCAUUGGAACAAGAACGAUGAUGGAGUUCGCAAAGACCCGCUGCUAA